AUGGGGACGGGAAUUUUCCUGCCCGGCGCUCGGAGCACAAAGGAGGCGAAUUCCCGGCUUUUGUCGGGAAUUUUUGAAACCUUUUUGGUUGGGUUUUACGUGGUGCCGCUGCAGCCCGAGGCCGGCGCGCUCCGCCGGGGCCGCAAGAAGCGCGUCCCGUACUCGAAGCUGCAGCUGAAGGAGCUGGAGAAGGAAUACGCCAGCAGCAAAUUCAUCACCAAAGAGAAGCGGCGCCGCAUCUCGGCCAGCACCAACCUGUCCGAGCGCCAGGUCACCAUCUGGUUCCAGAACCGCCGCGUCAAGGAGAAGAAAGUGGUCAGCAAAGCCAAGCCCGGACACCUCCACCCCACCUGAGGGGACCCCGCGGCCGCCAAAACCCCCCGGAACGGAAAAAAAAAUAAUUCAGAAUAACCGCAGAAAGAGGGAAGGCGGAGGAGCUGAAAUUUUUGUGAU